CUAAAACACUCUUUAUAUAUAUCUCUACUACAUUAUCACUUCACUUCACUUCACCUUUUGUUCUCUUUGAAUUCCUCCUGCCAAAGGAAAUUGAAGAAUUCAUUAUCAAAGAUGAAUACAACCAAAAUCUUAAUAAAAACUUGUACAUUUUUAUUCUUAUGUUCUGCCUUCGCAUAUGGUCAAGCAGGAUAUGGAGCAACAACUGAUGAUGCUUACGGUUCAGUCUUCCUAGCUCUUUCAUCCCGAAUCACUCUACCCUUAACCCCGACCCCGACCCCAGCACCCGCACCCGAACCCACACACGAAUACGUGAACCUAACCAACCUCCUAAGUGUUGCGGGCCCAUUCUCAACCUUUUUAAAAUACCUUGAGUCCACUAAGCUAAUCGAUACACUGCAAGCCCAAGCCAACGACACCGAAGAAGGAAUAACCCUUUUCGUACCCAAAGACAAGGCUUUUUCUAACCUUAAAAAACCAUCUCUUUCAAACCUUACAUCAGAUCAACUAAAACAACUGUGUCUUUUCCACGUUUUACCACAUUAUUAUUCGUUAUCUGAUUUUAAAAACCUUAGUGGGUCAGGGCCCGUGAACACAUUGGCUGGUGGGUUGUUCACUUUAAAUUUUACUGAUAAUUCGGGUUCGGUCCACAUUGGGUCCGGGUGGACCAAUACUGUAGUUAGUAGUAGUGUGCAUGACAAGGACCCUGUGGCAAUAUAUGAAGUGAAUAAAGUGUUACUACCUGAGGCUAUUUUCGGAAGUGAUAUACCACCUCCGGCACCAGCACCAGCCCCAGUGCCAGCACCUGAUGUUGCACCGGUUGCUGAUGGCCCAGAGGCUGAUGGCGGAAAAGGAAAAGGGAAAGAGAAAGGUUCCGGUACCGCUGCUAGGUCGACUACAUCAUCGAGCUCUUGCAGAAUUACUGGGUGGAAAUGGCUAGUGAUGUUGGUGAUUUCAGGUGGAUUAAUGGUGAUUUUAUAAGAUGGAAAUUAGAAUGAAAAAUCCAGAGUCUGGCGGGUCUGUUUUUGAUGUGUUUUUUUUUUUAUCAUGUGUGCUAGAAUGAGAUGUAGUUUUUCAGUUUUUGAUGUAUUAAUGGUUUUUAUUCCUUAUAAAGUAUCAUUCUGACUGUCCUAGAUA